UGGUGCGUGAGCGGCGGCGGUCUUUUCGUUGUUGUUUGUCUUCAUAUAAGAAGAAAACGGCGUAAUGGCCAGCAGCACGGAGCAAAUAGGCCUGAACAAGACGUGGGAGUUGUCCCUGUACGAAUUGCAUAGGACGCCGCAGGAGGCGAUCGUGGACAACACAGAAAUCGCAGUGUCCCCACGGAGUCUGCACAGUGAACUGAUGUGCCCCAUCUGCUUGGACAUGCUCAAGAAAACAAUGACCACCAAGGAAUGCUUGCACAGGUUCUGCUCGGAAUGCAUCAUCACUGCAUUGAGAUCAGGCAACAAGGAAUGUCCGACAUGCAGGAAGAAGCUUGUCUCUAAGAGAUCCCUCCGAGCGGAUCCCAAUUUCGAUUUGCUCAUCUCGAAGAUAUAUCCCAGUCGCGAUGAGUACGAAGCUCAUCAGGAGCGCGUCCUUGCUAAAUUGAAUAAAAGCCACUCGCAGGCGGCUCUGGUCAAUUCCAUCACAGAGGGCAUAAAGUUGCAGACACAGAACAGAACGAAUCGUGCUAGGAAAACUGUGGAGGACUUUCAGAUGGCCAACACCAGUGCUGCUUCUGCUGCAGCAGCCACUUCAUCGGCUGUGGAGGCUGUUGCAAGUAUUUCAGGUCCUUCAGGAAUAUCGGAUGUGCAAGGUGGUUCUGGGCUGCAGUCAGUCAGUCAGCUCAGUUCGAGCAGUUCAUCCAAUCCACCACCGAGUACAUCAGGUAUACAGAUGACUGUGAGCAGUCCGGCGCCGUCUGGGAGGAGCACGCCGUCGCAGCCUCCGAGCCCGGUUUCGUCCAGUGUCAGUUCAGUAAGUAAGUUGGGGAAACGGUCUAAGAGCACUUUAACUUCAGAGAGAAGCGAGGAAAGCGAAUCCUCCGAGCACACAGAGCAAACUGACACGGAGGGCGAGGGUCCCUCGGAGCCGCUCACCAUAAACGAAAUAGAGCUCGUGUUCAAGCCACAUCCCACCGAGAUGGCCGGCGACAAUCAGCUGGUGAAAGCGCUGAAGGAGAACUCGGUGAGGUACAUUAAGACGACGGCGAACGCGACCGUCGAUCAUCUGCACAAGUAUCUGGCCAUGAGGCUCACGCUCGACCUGGACUCGCAGCUGCCGCAGUCGCACAAUCUGCUGAACUUCUGCAUCUACAUUUCCCCGUCGAGCGGUCAGUACGUUCAGCUGAACGGCAACCAGAACCUGGGCCAGGUCAACGACAAGUUCUGGAAGAUCAAUAAACCCUUGGAGAUGUACUACUCGUGGAAAAAGAGUUAGAGACAAGCCAAAAACUUGGAUCGACAACAACAACACUCCUCUCUCUGAAAGACGACCGUAUUUUCUAGUAUUAAGACAAUGUGAUAUCGAAGUAUUAUAUAUGAGUUCUACGGAUCUAUAGUCAAAAACAUUAUUAUUAUUAUACUAAGGCGCUUAGAUGCAAAAAAGAUAUACACUCGUAUCUUUUAUAAACAUUAAGUUGAUAAACUAUAAAAGUGAAAUACUUCAAAAGUAUUUCAAUAUGUUUAUUAAAUGCAGUAACAAUACAAAUCAUAGCUCAAAGACAUAUUAUAUGAUCAAAUAUAAUAACAGGAUUUACAUAUAUUCAUAAAUAUAAUCAUCAU